GAUGUCUGCCCCCUGAUCUCUUUGUGUGUGUGCGUGCGCGGGUGUUUAGUGCGAGAGAGGGAGACGUCGUGUGCAACAUAAGAAAAAAUACUGCAUUUUAAUUAUUGGAACUAGCUAGUUAUUGUAACCUAAAAAGAAAAACAUACCGUUUCGUUGUUUCUGGUUUCAAACAGUGGAAUCAUUCAACUUACUCGGACAGGACUCGGGAGGCAAAACGGAUUUAAAAACUUUUUAUUUAGCUAGUUAGCUAACUGCAUGUAAAGUUAGCUAACAGUAUGUCUGGAAGCGAAGAAGAUAGGGAUGAUUUUGGAGCCCCAGAGGAUCGGUCUCUAAUGCAUGAUGAGGAAGAGAUGUCAGAGAAUGAGGCCCCGAAGGUGAAGAAAAAGAAGAAGGCCAAAAAGAGCCGGGAGAACAAAAGCAGCAAGAGGCGAACCUCUCGCAGAGAGGAUGUGCCAAUGAGCUCCCCCGAGCCCAUGGAGACCCCCGAGGUAGACCGAGACGAAGAGCGAGCGGUUCCCCACUCGGACAGUGAGGGCAGCGACUACAACCCUGGGAAGAAGAAGAAGAAAAACAGGGGGGGCACUUCCAAGGAGAAGAAGAGGAGCAGCACCAGCGCUGACAGAAACGGCGGAGGAAAGGACAAGAGGAAGGACCCUGAACCUGAGGAAGAAGAGGAUGAGGACGAUGAUGACGAUAGCUCGGAGCCUAAGACAUCGUCCCAGCUCCUGGAUGACUGGGGAAUGGAGGACAUUGACCACGUCUUCAGCGAAGAGGACUACCGCUCCCUCACCAACUACAAGGCCUUCAGCCAAUAUGUCCGACCCCUCAUUGCGGCCAAGAACCCCAAGAUCGCAGUGUCCAAGAUGAUGAUGGUACUGGGCGCCAAGUGGCGUGAGUUCAGCACCAACAACCCCCUGAGAGGCUCCGCCGCGGCCAACGCCGCCCUGGCUGCCGCCAACGUGUCUGCUGCCGUUGACAGCAUGGUGGCGGAGGUCGCACCCCCUCCCACACCCGCCCCGGUCGCCGAGCCUCAGCUACUGCCCGCCCCGCCUCUGAAAAAGGCCAAGACCAAAGAGGGCAAAGGUCCAAAUGCUCGUAAGAAGUCCAAGCCGACCCCCAAGCCCGUAGAGAAGAAGAAGGUGGCUACAAAGAAGGUGGCUCCGCUCAAGAUCAAGCUAGGAGGCUUCAACAGCAAGAGGAAACGCUCCUCAAGUGAGGAAGACGAGCCCGACGUGGAGAGUGACUUUGACGAUGCCAGCAUGAACAGCGUGUCCGUGUCGGACGGCUCCAACAGCCGCAGCAGCCGCACGAAGAAGCCCAAGAGCAAGCCCAAGAAGAAGAAGGGUCAGUACUCUGCAGUCGAGGAGGAUGGUGACGGCUAUGAGACGGACCACCAGGACUACUGUGAGGUGUGCCAGCAGGGAGGGGAGAUCAUUCUGUGCGACACCUGUCCCAGGGCCUACCACAUGGUGUGUCUGGACCCCGACAUGGAGAACGCCCCAGAGGGCACCUGGAGCUGCCCACACUGUGAGAAGGAGGGCAAACAGUGGGAGGCACGGGAGGAUGGCUCAGAAGAAGAAGAGGAGGAGGUGGAACCCGAGCCGGAGGAGGACGACCACCACAUGGAGUUCUGCAGGGUGUGUAAGGACGGUGGCGAGCUGCUCUGCUGCGACUCCUGUCCCUCCUCCUACCACAUCCACUGUCUCAAUCCGCCCCUUCCUGAGAUCCCCAACGGAGAAUGGAUCUGCCCCCGCUGCACUUGUCCACCAAUGAAAGGCAAGGUGCAGAAGAUUCUGACGUGGCGCUGGGGCGACCCCCCCUCCCCACGACUAUCCCCCGCCCCCCCAGACCUCCCGGCUGACCAGCCAGACCCCGCCCCUCUGGCCGGGCGCCCUGAGAGGGAGUUUUUCGCCAAGUGGAGCAACAUGUCCUACUGGCACUGCUCCUGGGUGUCUGAGCUGCAGUUGGAGCUGCACUGUCAGGUGAUGUUCAGGAACUACCAGAGGAAGAACGACAUGGACGAGCCUCCUUCAAUCGACUUUGGCGAGGGCGAUGAGGAAAAGAGCACAAAGAGGAAGGCCAAGGACCCGCUCUACGCCAAGAUGGAGGAGAAGUACUACCGCUUCGGCAUCAAGAUUGCUUGGAUGAUGAUUCACCGCAUCCUUAACCACAGUCAGGACAAGAAGAACAACAUCCACUACCUCAUCAAGUGGAAAGACCUCCCCUACGACCAGGCCACCUGGGAGGCCGAGGACAUGGACAUCCCCGAGUUCGACAUCUUCAGACAGCAGUACUGGAACCACAGGGAGCUAAUGAUGGGCGAUGAGGGUAAACCAGGGAAGAAGAUGAAGGUGAAAGGCAAGACGAAACGGUUGGACCGGCCUCCUGAGAACCCUGUCGUUGACCCAACCAUCAAGUUUGAGCGGCAGCCUGAUUACCUGGACAGUACGGGGGGCAACCUGCACCCCUACCAGCUGGAGGGUCUCAACUGGCUGCGUUUCUCCUGGGCACAGGGCACAGACACUAUCCUGGCUGACGAGAUGGGUCUGGGCAAGACUGUGCAGACUGCCGUGUUCCUCUACUCACUCUACAAAGAGGGUCACUCCAAGGGCCCGUUCCUGGUGAGCGCCCCCCUAUCCACCAUCAUUAACUGGGAGCGAGAGUUUGAGAUGUGGGCCCCAGACAUGUACGUGGUGACCUACGUAGGAGACAAGGACAGCAGAGCCGUCAUUAGAGAGAAUGAGUUCUCCUUCGAGAACAACGCCAUCCGCGGAGGCAAGAGAGCUUCUAAGAUGAAGAAAGACUCAUCGGUGAAGUUCCAUGUGCUGCUGACGUCGUAUGAGUUGAUCACCAUCGACAUGGCCAUCCUAGGUUCCAUAGAUUGGGCCUGUCUGGUGGUCGAUGAAGCACACAGGCUCAAAAACAACCAGUCCAAGUUCUUUAGGGUGCUGAACAACUAUCCUCUCCAGCACAAGCUGCUACUGACCGGUACACCUCUACAGAACAACCUGGAAGAGUUGUUCCACCUCCUCAACUUCCUCACGCCAGAGAGAUUCAGUAACCUGGAGGGCUUCCUGGAAGAGUUUGCUGACAUCGCCAAAGAGGACCAGAUCAAGAAGCUGCACGACAUGCUGGGACCCCACAUGCUCAGGAGGCUGAAGGCGGACGUCUUCAAACACAUGCCCUCCAAGACGGAGCUCAUCGUCAGGGUGGAGCUCAGCCCCAUGCAGAAGAAGUACUACAAAUUCAUCCUCACCCGUAACUUUGAGGCCCUGAACACACGAAGUGGUGGGAACCAAGUAUCCCUUCUCAAUGUGGUGAUGGACCUCAAGAAGUGCUGCAAUCACCCCUACCUCUUCCCUGUGGCAGCCAUGGAAGCCCCAAAGAUGCCCAAUGGGAUGUACGACGGCAGCGCCCUCACUAAGUCUGCCGGGAAACUGACUCUAUUGCAGAAGAUGAUGAGGAAGCUGAAAGACGGAGGGCACAGAGUACUCAUCUUCUCUCAAAUGACCAAGAUGCUUGACCUGCUGGAGGACUUCCUGGAGAACGAGGGCUACAAGUACGAGCGUAUCGACGGCAGCAUCACCGGGGGCAUGAGACAGGAGGCCAUCGACAGAUUCAACGCCCCGGGAGCGGUCCAGUUUGCCUUCCUGCUGUCGACGAGAGCUGGAGGUCUGGGUAUCAACCUGGCCACCGCCGACACCGUCAUCAUCUACGAUUCCGACUGGAACCCCCACAACGACAUCCAGGCGUUCAGCAGAGCUCACCGUAUCGGACAGAACAAGAAGGUGAUGAUCUACCGCUUCGUCACGAAGGCCUCUGUGGAGGAGAGGAUCACUCAGGUUGCCAAGAAGAAGAUGAUGUUGACCCACCUGGUGGUGCGUCCUGGUCUGGGCUCCAAGACGGGCUCCAUGUCCAAACAGGAGCUGGACGACAUCCUCAAGUUCGGCACGGAGGAGCUGUUCAAGGACGAGCUUGGAAAGGGGGACAAAGAAGGUGAGAACAAGGAGGAGGACAGCCAGGUGAUCCACUACGAUGACAUGGCGGUGGACAGACUGCUGGACAGGAACCAGGAGUCCGAAACCCCGGAGGAAACGGAGAUCGGGAGCAUGAAUGAGUACCUUGGCUCCUUCAAGGUGGCCCAGUACGUGGUCAAGGACGAGGAGGAGGCGGAGGAGGAAGUACAGAGGGAGAUCAUCAAACAGGAGGAGAGUGUCGACCCAGACUACUGGGAGAAGCUGCUCAGGCACCACUAUGAGCAGCAGCAGGAGGACCUGGCCCGCAACCUGGGCAAGGGCAAGCGCAUCCGCAAGCAGGUGAACUACAACGACGGCUCCCAGGAGGACCGAGGUAGUAGACGGGCAGAUUGGCAGGAUGACCAAUCGGACAACAACUCUGACUACUCUGUGGCCUCCGAGGAGGGUGACGAGGACUUUGAUGAGCGGGCAGAAGCCAACAAUCGCAGACCCAACAGGAAAGGCAUGCGGGGCGACAGGGACAAGCCACUGCCCCCCUUGCUGGCCAGAGUGGGAGGCAACAUUGAGGUGUUGGGCUUCAACGUUCGCCAGAGGAAGGCCUUCCUGAAUGCAGUGAUGCGUUAUGGGAUGCCUCCCCAGGAUGCAUUCACCACCCAGUGGCUGGUCAGAGACCUGCGCGGGAAAGCUGAGAAAGAGUUCAAGGCGUAUGUCUCGCUCUUCAUGAGGCAUCUGUGCGAACCCGGCGCAGACGGAGCCGAGACCUUCGCCGACGGCGUCCCACGCGAAGGGUUGUCGCGGCAACACGUCCUCACCCGCAUCGGCGUGAUGUCACUGAUCCGUAAGAAGGUCCAGGAGUUUGAGCACGUCAACGGCCAGUGGUCCAUGCCCUGGAUGAUGGAGCUGGAGGAGAGUAAAAAGGCUGCGGCAGCUGCAGCUGGAGCCCACCCCGACUCACCAGGGAAGACCCCCUCCACGGGCACGCCUGCAGACACACAGCCCAACACACCCGCCACAGACGAUCCUUCAAGGACUGAGGACGCCGUGAAGGAUGGCGAGAAAGAAGAGAAGAAAGACCGUGAGGGGGAGAAGGAGUCCGGAAAGACGGAAAACCCAGAGAUAAUUGCGAUCCCUGAUGAGGAUGAGAAGGCCCCUUCCCCUGAACAGAAAGAAAAGGAGAAAGAGGAAGAGGAGCCCAUGGAAACAGACGAGCCUACCAACGGAGAGGUGGAAAAGAAGGAUGGAGAGACUGCGGAGAAGAGUGCUGAGGGAGGAGAGGGGACCAAGUCUCCAGCAGCGGAGGAAACGACGGACGUGUCGGAGGUCAAAUCUGAAGAUUCUGAGGCCAAAGCAGAAGAUAAGAAAGAAGAGAAGACCGAAGAGAUGGACACCACUCCUGCCUCGGAGGAAAAGAAAGAGCAAAAGGAGGAGAAGGAUGGAGUGAAGGUGGAGGAGCCGGCCAAGCUGCAGAACGGGGACAGUGUGAAGGAGGGAGCGGCGGCCGGAGUCAGUGAGGAGAAGAAGAAAGCGAAGACGAGAUUCAUGUUUAACAUCGCCGACGGAGGAUUCACAGAGCUACACUCCUUGUGGCAGAACGAGGAGAGGGCCGCCACUGUCACUAAGAAGACCAAUGAGAUCUGGCACCGUCGCCAUGACUACUGGCUGCUUGCUGGCAUAAUACAACAUGGCUACGCGCGCUGGCAGGACAUCCAGAACGAUGUGAAGUACGCCAUCCUCAACGAGCCCUUCAAGGCUGAGAUGAACCGAGGCAACUUCCUGGAGAUCAAAAACAAGUUUCUGGCCAGGAGGUUUAAGCUGCUGGAGCAGGCCUUGGUGAUCGAGGAGCAGCUGCGCCGGGCGGCCUACCUCAACAUGUCGGAGGACCCUUCCCAUCCCUCCAUGGCCCUCAACACGCGCUUCAGCGAGGUGGAGUGUCUGGCCGAGUCUCACCAACACCUCAGCAAGGAGUCCAUGUCGGGGAACAAGCCCGCCAACGCCGUCCUGCACAAAGUGCUAAAACAGCUGGAGGAGCUUCUCAGUGACAUGAAGGCAGAUGUCACCCGUCUCCCGGCAACCAUCGCCCGGAUACCCCCCGUCGCAGUGAGACUCCAGAUGUCCGAGAGGAACAUCCUGAGCCGCCUGGCCAGCAGAGGCCCCGAACCACAACCUCAACAACAGCAGAUGUCGCAGCAGUAGCCUGGCUUAGGCCCCCUGAACCCCAUCACCUCUACAUUCCUGAUUGGCACAGCAGAAGAUGACGCGCCCAAGCUUGAAACCACGGCUCUUUACAUAUAUAUACAUACAUACAUAUAUAUAUAUAUAUGGACUUGCAGCGUUUCUACAGGCUGACUCCUGGACACUGUGGAAAUGAUAGCUAUUUUAUUUUUUUUGUUUUUUGACUUAAUAUUAUUAUGUUUUUUUGGGACCUAAAUAAAAAUGUAAUAAAGGAUUGUUUAUUUUUA